GCGCCGCUCAACUCCGAUUCGUGGAUUCUCCGCGGGAGCCCGCCGUGGUGAUCCAGCCGCCGAUGAUGCAGCCGCACCCUUUGGACAAUGCCUGGCAAACGGAGGGUGGACGCCUCUGGAUUCAGGUGGAUUGUGCGGCCUUGGCGGAGACGUUGGCCGGACGCGCAGAAAUUCGAUCGGAUCGUCACGUGCCAGUGUUCCGGCGUAUCUCGCACAUGAUUCUCCGACUACAUUCGCAUGGCAUGCGGCCUCUGCAUGACGCCUUGGAUUUUGUCCUGUGGGCCCCGCGCGAGUUCAACGCCAUCGCCGACCACUGCGUGUAUGCAGCGCUGGACGAGCAACGGUCAUGGUCGAAUGUCCCCGGGCUUCCCGCGGAUGGCAUUAGCAACCGCAGCCUGCGUUUGUGUGCCGACGGCGGCCUACGGCGCAACGGCGAAGGCGCCAUUGGUUUCGCUGUCUUCGACGCCUCCGGGGACGGGGACACAGGCUGGUACAAGUACACCACGGCAUGGAGAGAAGGGGUGCCGUUUCAAGGGCUCGCAUCGGCGUUCGAGGCCGAG